AUGACCGACCCCAACAAAGGCACCAAAAUCACCCUCUACUGGCUCUCCCAAUCCCGCUCCCACCGCAUCCUCUGGCUCCUCGAAGCCCUGCACCUAACCUACGAGCUAAAGAUCUACCACCGCGGUCCCGACAAGCUCGCACCCGCGGAACUAAAAGAGAUCCAUCCCCUCGGAAAGUCCCCUCUAUUGACCAUCCAACCCGCGAACGCCCCUCCAGACCAGAAGCCCAUCGUGCUCGCCGAGUCCGGCAUUAUCAUCGAGUACCUGCUCGAUCACUUCGGCGACAACGCAGCAGCAGAGAAACCUCUCCUCCCUGCUCGAUGGAAACCCAACCAGGAGGGUGUAGUCGGCGGUGAAACCGAGGAAUGGAUGCGCUAUCGCUACUUCAUGCACUAUGCUGAAGGAAGUCUCAUGCCGUUUUUGGUGAUGCAGUUGGUUAUGGAUACGGUAAAAAACCCCCCCGGCAUGCCCUUCUUCGUCAAGCCGCUUCCGCGCCUUGUCGCGGGCCAGGUUGAAAAGGCCUUCCUGGCGAGGAAUAUCCAAUCCCAUUUGGAGUUCUUAGAGGAUCAGUUGCGGAGUAGUCCUAAUGGGGGAGCCUAUCUGUGCGGCACGGAGUUGACGGCCGCGGAUAUUAUGAUGAGUUUUCCCGUAAUUGCUAUGUCCGGGAGGUUGGCGGAUCAGUUGGAUAAGUUUCCGCUGUUGGGGAAGUAUGCGGAGAGGUUGCAGAAGGAGGAGGGGUAUAUUAGGGCUGUGAAGAAGGUGGAGGAGGUGGAUGGGAAGUUUGAGGCUUCUCUGUAA